AGUUUGCAGCAAAUUUAAAUUUUUGCCUACAUUUUUGUUUAUUAUUCUUGAUUCAAAUUAAUGUAUUUGAGUGGAAAGCAUUAGCCUUUAAAACUAGGCUUCUAUUCUCAAAAAAAGAAAUCGUGGAACAAUCAUUAUCCUAACCCCAAUCCCGACCGAGAGGAGAGGAGAGGAGAGGGAGGAAGGAAGGGGAAGGGAAAAAUAAGCCUAUUUAGUGACUUUCCAGUCCGAUGGUCUUAACGUUGAAAGUGAGCUGACAGCUGCGUAUAUCAACGGCCCACAUCAUCGCUCACACGCCGCUCGCCGCCGCCGCUUCUCCCGGCCGCAGACGGAGAUAAUAGGCUAUUAGAGGAGCGGGAUUAAUUUGUAGCCAAUUACGGGCUCACGGAAGAAUAUGAAUACAUAAAUAAGGCGUAGCGCCUGGGUUGUGCGUGGGUUUCGGCUGGGUGAGAGAAGGAUAGGGGAGGGUUGAGAGAGCAAACGGGCGCACAGGCGGGACGUAAACGUGGGGGGUGGGUGCACUCAGGAGGGGUGGUGGUGGUGGUUAAAACACCCCCCUCAAAAAAGAAAAAGGAGCAAGAGAGAUCAACAUCCAGCGGGGCAUCUGUCCACUCCGACCCCCAGUGUUGCUGAACAGGAUACAGAUAGCGCGCUGCAUGCAGAACUGAGAGGGUGAUGAAUCUAACGCUCUGAGCAUCUUUCUAACCGCUAUGCUUUAAGCCGAACACGAUUCUAGUGGGACAAAAACUAUGAAUAGGGAUAAAGUGCAGGUGGGCGACAUUUCCAUCGAACCGCCUGCGACUGGCAUCGCUGCUCAAACGCCAGUGAUCGUGGUCGCGUCUCCGGAAAGCGAGGACAUGGAGGCGCACGGGGAGAAGCGCAUCGCUUCCGGGGAGAUGCCUGUGUUUUCCUGCUCCGCGGCCAGAGACGUGCUGCAGGUGGAGAGCCGAGAAAACUCCGGGCGCCAGGAUGCACCUGCGCUUCCGCCAGCCAGCGCUCCACGCACCACCUCCUUCUCCGUGCUGGACAUUUUGGACCCGAAUAAGUUCACAAGCAAAAAACAGCCACUCAACCGGACAGGCUGUGAGUCCGGCUGUGGGUUCGGGACAGAAAACAGAGGCGAAGAUUCAAACCAUGCAGCGGAUCAGAAAGUAUAUCCUGAAGAGUACGAGUGCAAGAAAUCAUCUGGAAUGCUCACAGAAGAUGGUUUCGUGUUUAGAUCUUCUUCCGAGUGUGAGAAUGAUUUCACGCGUGGGAAUCACACGGACAGCGAGAUGCAGGAUGACCUGUGCAGCGAGGAGAGCAGCGGCGCGCUCACCGGAAACGCCGACGGAGAGGAUGAGGAUCCGGUCAUGAAAAGUCCGAGUGGCGGCGGCCAGCAAAGCCAGCAGUCCCCAUCCAACGGACAGAACCAAGCAGGCAAGCCGAAAAGAAAACGUACCGGCUCGGAUUCGAAGUCCGGGAAGCCGAGAAGAGCUCGGACUGCGUUCACGUACGAGCAGCUCGUGGCGCUGGAGAACAAGUUUAAGUCGACGCGUUACCUUUCCGUGUGCGAGCGCCUGAACCUGGCGCUGUCACUGAGCUUAACGGAGACGCAGGUGAAAAUCUGGUUCCAGAACCGCCGGACAAAGUGGAAGAAGCAGAACCCGGGAGCGGACACUAGCGCUCCGACAGGGGGUGGCGGUGGAGGACCAAACGGACCGAACGGCGGCUUGGGGGGCCUCAGCCCCCUCAGUCCGUCUCCACCCAUGAGCGGUCAUCUAUCAAUGCACACCAGCUACCCGAGUCACACACCUGGAGGACUAGUGUGCACCACUCAAUUACCCUUCCUUCCAAGUCAUGCAGUUCUUUCUCCGUUCAUGCUCAGCUCACAGACUUACGGAGCGCCCGCUUUUUACACACCGCACUUGUAGAAACACUAUUCUGUAAAUACACCGAAUUACAAAGACGCACUUUUCAUAUUGCAAUGCUCAAAACACGGAGGGAGGAAUGCAUAUCAUCCGAGGCACUUUCUCUAACUUCUCUAAUGCAUCCGAUGUGUGAGAGAAGAAAUGCAACAAUGCUGAAAUAAUUGCUGAUGGCGUGUUGGACACCCAAGAGACUUCUCCAAUGAUUCUUCUGUUCAAGUAGUUUAUUCCAGAUGUUGUUAUUUCGUUACAUUUACUCUGGUUUUGAAACGUGAGCAUUUUUUUUUCUGGCUCAGACUGUAAAUAUGAUCAUGAAUAUAUGUUAGGCACUCAUUUUGAAUGCAAAUGCGAAAAUAUUAAGAAAUCAGCAAUUAUUAAUAAUAAUA